CUGUGAUAACAGAAGGGAAGGCCGGAACCUUCCAGCCACCCCAAUACCUUCUAGUAGCACUUUUCCGGUUCUUGUUCGAAAAAGUAAAAAAUGGACACCUGAUCGUCGAACUGGCGUAACGUUGUCGACAUGGCGAAGUACCUGGCGCAGAUCAUCGUCCUCGGGACGCAGGUCGUGGGGCGGGCGUUCGCGCGAGCCUUGCGGCAGGAGUGGGCCGCCAGCCAGGAGGCGGCGAAACGGGCCGGCGGCGGCCAGAGAGGCGCCAACAGAGCGGCGGCCAACUCGAAAUCGGGCAUCACGCUCGAGGAGGCGAAGCAGAUCCUCAACAUCGAGAAACUCGACCCAGAGGAAAUUCAGAAAAAGUACCAACACUUGUUCUCCGUGAACGAGAAGACGAAGGGCGGCUCGCUCUACCUCCAGUCGAAAGUGUUCCGGGCCAAGGAGAGGAUCGACGAAGAACUUCAGACGAUGAGCAAAUAUAAACAGGAAGAUGAACAACCGAAAUCUAGUAAUACUUGAAUUUCUCUUUCAAUUAUAUUUUUAUGUUGGACAGAUCUUUGUAAAUAUGUUAACUUAUUAUUAAUUAGUCUAUUGAUUAAAUUGUUCCUUGUUUUAUCGAUUUUGUUAUGACCAUUUGACUGAGGAGAAUAGAGCUAUUUUCAGUAGUAAUU